CAAACGUUAAGCACCAAACAUCAUCAUCUCUUUGAUCUAUCUUUCAAGCUCUCGUUGAUUUUCCCUCACAAAAUAAAAAAGAGAAGAGAAUGGCAUCCAGAGAAAUGCUGAUCAUAUUAUUGGUCCUCGCAAGUACAUUCAUCGGUCUAGCAGUAGCUACAGACCAUACAAUUGGUGGUCCUAGUGGUUGGACCGUAGGCACUAAUCUUGGAACUUGGGCUACAGGACAAACAUUUGCUGUUGGAGAUAAUCUUGUUUUCGCUUACCCUUCUGCAUUCCACGACGUCGUUGAAGUCACCAAACCGGAAUUCGACAACUGUCAAGCGGUUAAACCGCUUAUAACGUUCGCUAAUGGAAACUCCAUUGUUCCUCUCACCACUCCUGGAAAAAGGUACUUCAUUUGUGGAAUGCCUGGACAUUGCACACAAGGGAUGAAACUUGAAGUAAACGUUAUUCCAACCGCAAACGCAGCACCAACCGCGCCUGUUCCAAACUCUGUUCCAUCUAUAAACGCGCCUUCACCUUCUUCUGUUCUACCAAUACAACCUCUUAACCCUGUCCCUGCUCUCUCUCCUUCUUCCUCAACUCCGCUUCCUUCCUCCUCUCUGCCUCUUAUUCCGGCACAGUCGCCGGGACUUUCUCCAACGGCUGCAGCGGGGACUUCUUUGCCGUUGUUCCCAGGCUCACCUGCCAGCUCUAGCAGCACCACCACCAAAACCGUCGGGAGCUUCCCUUCUAGUGGUACGGGUACGACGGCUGAUCUUUCCGGAGCAGGAGCUCCUCCGGUUGACUCCUCCUCCUCUUCCUCUACGAAAAGCCUUGUUUUGGGAUUCGGAUUCAUGAUUGCUAUGAUGCUUCAUUUGUUCUAAGUGAGAAAUUUGUUUGCAGAUGUUAAUGUGUUUGCCUUUACUUUUACUUUUUUUUGUUUGAUUGUUGUAUAUGUUGUUUUUGUUUUGUGGUUUAGUAUGUGUAUUUC